GUCGGUUGUCGCUCCCGGGCCAUGGCGGCGGCAACAGCCGCGGAUCCCGACGGGGCGGGCGAGCAGCGGGAGCAACCGGGGGGCGCGGCGGGGCCGCGGCAGGCGCUAGGACCCGGGUUUGUGUGUGAGAACAUGUCUUCUCCUAAAGUGUACAUCCUGCAGCCUUGGAUUGCCAACCUCCUGGUGAACUACGAGCAGCUGGAUGCCAACGAGAACCUCCUGGCUGGGCAGGUCCUGCGGGUUUUGAGUGACUCAGCUGCUCCAGAACAACCUGGAGUGCUCCAAGAUGCCGUCCUCCAGGUGUCAGAUGGGUCCUACCACAUCCGCGUGGUCCUUACGGCCGAAGCUCUGCAGGCGGAGGAAAACAGCCACAUGCAGCUGAGGCUCUCCAGCCUGAUUUGCAGAAUCAUUGUCUUGCAGAAGUACACGGUGUGUUUCCGGGAGGAGGCCAAGCUGGAGGACUGUGAGUUCUACCUGAGGGCACAGCAGUUCAUCGUGCUGCCCAUGGAGAGGCAGAGGCUGGAGUCAUCUGACGGGAACCAGGAGCCCUCUGUGCUGCAGAAGAUCAAGGAGCUCUGGCUGAGGAGUGUUGCUCUGAAGAACGCUCCCAACUCAGAGCCGUCCAUCUCUCAGCUGAUCGAUGCCAUAGGACAGAACCAGCUGGAGGUGCUGAAGGAAAAUGCUGAGGAGUGUUUGGAUCUGAGGCUGCCCAGGGCUGCAGCAGCGGGGAAGGACGAGGUGCCCGUCACCCAGUGGGAGGCUGAGCGCAGGAAGGGGCAGGGUGAAGACAUCUUCACAGUCCCAGCCCACACCCUGGUCAUCCCUCCUGAGGAGGAGGAGGCAGCUGCUUGUGAUCCUUCCAAAGCAGACACGAGCGAGGCGGCGCCGGGGCAGAGCAGCCAGGGCCUGACAGCCACGGGUGACCUCAGCACGUUGUCCCAAGGCAGCCCUGCUGAGUCAACAGCCUUGUCAGAGGGCUCAGGGAGAUCCCUGGAUGACCCCUGGAACGCGCUCCCCACAAUAUCUUUGGCCCUGGACUCUUCAGAUGACAAGACCCCUCAACAGGACCCUUCACUAAAGACCCAGCAAGACAUGGCUGCUGACACCAACACCCCUGACUUGCUGGAGCCGUGCAGCCAGGGCUCUGCCGGCGAGGCUGUGCAUGGGGAGCCGGUGCUCACCUCCUCUCCCACCCCGCUCUGCCCCCAGGGCAGCACCAGCCCGGGCCAGACGGGCAUAUCCCGGGCAGCAGCGGCUGCAGAGAGCCCCUGUGGCAGCCCCUGCGCUGCUGGAGGCCUGGGGGCAGCGGGGGGCUCGCAGCCCACCCUGCCUUCGCUUCCUCCGGCUCCCCCCGCCGUGGCCGGCAGCCCCGUGCAGCCACCAGCCCGGGGGACGCCCCACAGGGAGCCGGCGGACUCCAGUGGCCCAGCCCUGCCAGCCCUGCCCCCCGAGGGGCUGCAGCACAGCCCAGCCCGGGCCAGGACCCCCACAGCCAAGAGGAAGCUGUCAGCGGGAGGGGGCCCGGCCCUGGCAGCCCUCAGCGGGCAGCGGCGGCUCCGAGGGGCUCCGCGGGGCAGGGGCACGGCCAGGAGGCUGGAGCUCGUGGGCACACGGGCUGCCAAGAAGAGCAGAAAGGAGGAGGAGGCAGGGCUGCAGCAUGGCAAGGAGCUCGAGGAGGAGGGGAAGGAAGAGGAGGAGGAAGAGCAAACGUCCCCAGUGAGCGGCCCCAGCUGUGGGCUGGAGCAGCACAGAGCUCUGCAGCCGUACAUGAAGGAGAAACAGGCCCAGUACAGAUACGAGGCGCCCAGCCCCGAGCUGUGCCAGCGGGUGAGAUCUGUCAGGAUCUCCACGGCCAUGCUGAAGUGGGCGUGCUGGGUCCUCACACAGGAGGAGGAGGAAGAGGAGGAGGAGGAGGAGGAGGAGGAAGACUCCUGAGCCCAACUUGUCCUUUGUUUCUUCACUGGGCUCAGUCAAACCAGUUUAGGGCUGCCUGGCAAGAGCAGUUGAGGGAGGGAGAGGGAGGGACACCAAGCCUCCUGUUCUUGGGGUUCACUGAGGGGUUUGGCCUGGCUGCAGUGACCCUUGGCUGCUGGGACAUGACCUGCUGGGUGGCCAGCACCCUCAGCACCCUCAGGAGAGGAUAAAAGCAGCCCUUUGGGGGCGUGCAGGCAUCCCUCUCUCCAUCCUUUCCAAAGCCCAGGAGUGGGCAGAGGAGGUGAGCCAGUGCCACCGUGGCAGGGCCUGAUCCCCACUCCCAAGGCAGCGCAGGAGUUUGGAUGGUUUAUUGAUUGGUGUCAGUGGGGUCCUGCACUGGUGGGUACAAAAAAAAUACACCCUGCAGGGUGAUGCUGUAGAAAUCACAAAUAAAAAUGGUCUAUUUUUUAAA